AUGAGCUUUUGGAGAGGAAGGCUUCAAUCUGCAUUUGUACCAUUUGCAAAAAGGAGGCAACUUGGCAAUGUCUGGAUUGCUUUGCCGGCCCCGCGUAUUGUACAGACUGCUGCCGGACAUCCCACUGCCGAGACCCAUUCCACUGGAUUGAAUGAUGGACCAGUCACCAAGGUGAAUGGUGCCCUCAAUCAGCCAGAAACUUGGAUGCUGAUAUUGACAUUGAAGAAGACAGAUGGUUUGAUCUUGAAGACCUUCCUAGCACUUCGGCUGAUCCAAAGCCACCAGAUAGGGUUUACAAUGGUGGCCAGACCAUAUUUACCUUUCAACUCCUCGAUGACUACCUGCUGGAAAAUCUCGAGCGCAAAACCUCGGCCACCCACUAACUACUACUCCAAAUUAAGAAGAAUCACCAACUUUGCAUUUCCGAAUUCCAUUCCGAACUGGUAUCACGAGUUGAUCAGGGUUGGUAGACAAUACCGUAAUCUUACCGAACUGGCUACUUUUGGAUUUGGACACAAAGCUAAUAAAAGUCAAGUGGGUAGCCUUUGCAAGAAGUGGAAGCAAGCGAAACUCAGGCUCUCUGAGAGCUUCCAGGCUCUUGAAGAAUUAAGUGCCUUGGCAAGUAUGGAACAGAUUCAAGAAUGGGAGCAACAGAUCAAAUUGGCAAAUUUGAACUGGGCAAAGGACCUUUCCACCAUGGACAUCUAUUACGUCAAGGUCAAGGAAGCCAAGACUGAAAAGGGCAUUCAGCUAAAACUUAUGACUAAAGAACAGGAAGACAAGGUCAAGCCGGGAUUAAGUGGAUGGGUAAACAGCAGUAUCAAAAUUCAGGAAGCCCAGCUCAAGGCAGUCAUCCAAGUGCUGAUCAGAAGCUAG